AAAAUAUGCGGCCUACCCGUGGACACACCCCCUAAUUGCCUCUCCAAAAGCUAUUGCUUUGCUGAUCGCGUACACACGUACGUACACACUGCCGACAGUGGCUACUGGAUCAACGGAUUACACGAAUAUAAAGGUUAUGAAGGCCAACUUCUUGUGACUUACUGUUUGAGAGAAUGUCAACACACAUAAUGAGUAUGUCUAAUAAUGGAAUCAUCAAACCCGAGGCCUUCGACCCCACCCUCUGCCAAAUGGCCACACCCCUUUCUGUUGCCGUGGCCGACCAAGGGGGGGUGGUGGAAGGGGAAUCCCCUCAAACUAAACUCUCCCCCUCCCACAAGCUAGCGUUAACGGGCUCGCAGUGUGCUGUGUGUGGAGACGGUGCCACAAGUGAUGGGGGCUUUCGGAAGCACUAUGGCGUGAUUUGCUGCGAGGCUUGCAAGUGCUUUUUCCGGAGGACUGUUCAAAUGUCUCGAGACUAUAAGUGUCGGUUUGGAGGCAAGUGUGCGAUCGGACGGACAGCUGUGAAUUUGAAGCAAAUUUGCCAGGCCUGUCGUUUCAACCAGUGCCUGAGGGCUGGUAUGAAGAUUGAAUCUGUCAAAAAGUUCCCACGGAAAACGCGAGAUGACUCUGCUAAGAAGGGAAACAAGAAACAAUCGAGGUCGCAAAAAGAGAAACAAAUGUCCACUGACACCAACACUACUUCGAAUGGCAUUGACCCGAAAUACAACCAAUCAGUGGAGAGCCCACAAUCAGUGAAAUCAGAGAGUGACAUUGAGGAGUUGUCUCAACUUAAGUUCAACGUGACGUCGCCUGAAACAAUGAGGAUGCUCGAAAACGCAAAUGUCCGUCAACUUUUCAAUUAUAGUGACAGCAUGGAGAAUAUUCACCGGGAGAGUGGCGGGAGUCCGGCGGGAAUUAGGAGCACUAACGGAGGCAGUACAGAAAAUGUGAGCGUUGCAAAACCAAGUGCAGCCUCUACAAGCUCCCUCACCACGAUUGCCGCUUCCGUUGGAAAGUCCGUUACCAUAGAAACAUCGCCAACCAACGACCUGGCCCAAUAUUCUGAUAAUAACGAGCCAGCAACAUAUUUCUUUCCUCCCACUGUUAAUUGGUCCAUAAGGAAAGGGGCGGAGCAUCUGUCUAUCCCGGGGCCUGGCCACACCUCCUACGCUAUGCCCACCUCCCCUAUAAAACGUCCGAGAAUUGAUUCCACAGGCAGUGCUAUAGAGAUGAUGUCACAUCAUUCGUCACCAAGUUACGGGAGUCACAGUGCCCCCCCCACACCCCUCCCACAUCACACACACAGUCAACCCUCGAGCCGCGUGAAUAGCCCUGAUCCUGGCAUGUCGUAUGUGUACAAUUCUCACAAUAACACGCCCUUUGCCACCCCCUCACACACACCGGCACACUCUCCACUUCCCUCACCAACCUCACACCCCCCCACAAAUUACAUGUCGUCCUCACAAGUAAACUUUCCGUCAAGCUUCCACUCACAGCCAGGUGGCAGUGGGAUUAUAGUACCCUCUUCAGCAAAUAGCCUACCACAGUUGAACUCACAUCAGUUCACCUCGUCCGCCUCUGGUGUCAGUCAGCUAACUCUACCUGGAUUCACAUCGUCCAACAAUCUCCUUGCCUUGCAACAAACAGCUGCUGGCAAUGCCAUCCUACUACCAAAUGCUCAAAUGCCGUUUGGAAUAGCUCCACUUUUCCCUGUCGUUCAAUUUAGUUCGUUUGCCCCUUCGCUGAGUGAGCAUCAGAGACUACAGUCGAGGCUGGCCCAUGUACAAGGGGGUGUGGCUACUAGUGGUAGUAGUCGGUAUGGGAUGCUGCCCGGGCAGUCUGGGAAAUCUCCAUUCCGUAUUGUCCCCAUUCCAUCCAUCAACAAGAUUCAGCCACCGGAGGAACCAGAAUGCGCUGAAGUGACUGCCAUCUCUAGGGAGGCGGAUAGUCUCGGGUGUGGGGAGGGGAUGUUGAGUGCCCCACCCUCCGCACGCUCCAGCCCUGUCUCCAACAAGCCAAAGUCUAGCGCGUCUCUCCCUGAGGCCAAUGUGGAGGAAGUGCUGGAAUCGUUGAGGCUGAGAAUACGCUCUAUGUUCAAGUGGGCCAAAUCAGAGGUGGCCGGCUUCGAUGACCUUUCACCCCUGGAUCAGAAAGCCCUACUCAGAAGGACAGUGGCAGAGCUUGUCAUGCUGGGCUUUGCAAGAGGCUCCAUAGCAUAUGAAAACGUGCUGUUGCUAGGCAGCACUGGCGCUGUACUCAUGCCCUCUAAUGUCAACGCUGGUAUCGCUAGUGUGGCCUCGGUUACUCUGGAGAAGCUCGUUGUACCUCUCAAGGUCCUCAAUAUCAGUGACAAGGAACUGAGGUUGCUCAGAGAAGUGGUCCUGUUCAAUCCUGAGGCCAAUGGAUUACGUAAUCGUGAGAUCGUGCGUCAAUAUCGAAAGCGAAAGCACAUUGAGCUGAUGGAGUACACAGAGAAACACUCGGAGGAUCCGGGGAGAUUUGGUGACCUCAUGUGUCUACUCACACCGCUCUUCGAGGUGGGGUUAGAGGUCACGGAGCAGCUGCGAUUGGAACAAUUUGUACAUGAAGGAGAGGCGAGAAUAGACGCACUUCUACUCAUGUCGAUGAUAAGUGGCGCGGAGGAAAUGCCAACAGAGUCUACAGUGGACCAGUGACUUAAGUGUGUUGUGUGUGCAUACGUGUGGGCGUUUAUUUUUAUGUAACUGCUGAAUUUGCUUGUUAAUUGUGUUACAAUUCGAUCUUAUUAUGGGCACUUG